UUUCGCUGUUUCCACUAAUCGUGCAUGAAUCAAUCUCUAACUCGUUCAAGAAAUGGCCGAGGCACUCGUCAACCUCCUUGUUGAACAAUUGGGUUCAGUAGUUUUCCACCAGACUAGUGAAGGGGUGAAACUGAUUUUGAAUGCUAAGAAGGACGUUAACAAGUUCAGAAGCACCCUCAAACUUAUCCAGAAUGUGCUUGACGAUGCUGAGAAGAAGCAAGUGUCGGAUCCCGCUGUGAGAGACUGGUUGGAUCAGCUCAAAGACGUGUCGUACAAGAUGGAUGACGUGCUCGACGCUUGGAACACUGAGACUGGGAAACGAGAAGCUGAUGAGAAACAAGAAACACAAGGUUCUGAUGUGGAGGUACGUUUCUCAUUUCGUUCCAAUUGCUUCUGUCUUGCCCAAUUGAAUGAGGUAACUCAUCGUUACAAGAUUGGUAGUGCAAUAAAAGAUCUGAAUGAAGAGUUAACUCAGAUUUACGUUGACAAAAACAAGUUUAGCUUGCAAUCCACCAUGCCUGCUGCUGUAGUUAAUGUUGAACAACCUAAUCCACGGCCUAUAACUUCAUCUUUCGUCGAUAUAUCGACCAUAUAUGGGCGAGAAGUUGAAAAGGAGAGGUUGGUGAGUGAGCUGUUAAGGAAGACGAGGCCCGGCCUUGUCAUCCCCGUUGUAGGGAUGGGGGGAGUGGGGAAAACAAGUCUUACCCAAUUAGUCUAUAAUGAUGCACGAGUUCAAGCCCAUUUUGGUAUCAAAGCAUGGGUUUGUGUCUCAGACCCUUUUGAUGUCAUAAAGAUUGCAAAAGAAAUCCUUGAACAUGUCAGUGGAAUAAAAUCUCAAGAUAGUUCAAAUUUGUUGGAGAAAUUAUUAGAAAACGUCGAAAAACAUAUCAAGGACAAGAAGAUUCUUCUUGUUCUAGAUGAUGUGUGGACGGAAGACCAAACAGAGUGGGAGAGUUUAAGGUUACCAGUACUAAUGCAAAGCUGUGCUAAAGGCAGUAGAAUUCUGGUGACCACUCGAAAGCAGGAGGUUGCUCAAAUGAUGAGAGCAACCGGUGACAUGAUCACUUUGGGGAAGUUGAGUGAUUUAGAUUCUUUGGACCUAUUCAAUAGUAUUGCAUUUCUGGAUAGGGAACAAGAUAAGUCCAACAAGGUGUUUGGAGAUAUUGCUGAGAAAAUUGUUAGAAAAUGUGACGGUUUGCCUCUUGUUCUGAAGACUUUAGGUAGUCUCCUAUUGCAUAAGCUGACAAUUAGAGAAUGGGAAGAAGUUCUCUAUAGUGAGAUAUGGAAGGUAAAAGUGGUUGAAGAAAAAGUUUUUCGACCAUUAUUACUGAGUUAUUAUGAUUUGGCUCCGGAGAUUAAGAGUUGUCUUCUGUAUUGUGCUACUUAUCCCAAAGAUUUUGAGUUCAACAAAGAAAUUCUUAUCGAGCAGUGGAUGUCACAAGGCUAUCUGAAUAUUGGAAAAAACAGAGAAGAGGCAACACAAGGUAGAGAAGUUUUUACCAAGUUAGUAAUGCGAUGUUUCUUUCAAGAUUUCAGUCAAAAUGCACUUACCAAAGAAAUUAUAGGCUGCAAAAUGCAUGAUACUGUGCAUGAUUUUGUACAAUAUCUUACCCAGAAUGAGUGUCUUACUAUGGAGGCUACGGGUACCGAUGGAACAGAGACAUCGAGUGCAAAUGAUAGGAUUCGCCAUUUGAGCUUAAUGUCAGCACCCGAGGGUCCAUUUCCAUCUUUGAUAUCAAAAUUAGCGAAUAGCAAAAUUUUGCGUACCCUGGCAACUUUUGGUUCAAGAAUUACUGCCAUAGACUCAGAUUUGGUUGCACACUUGAAAUGCCUAAGGACCUUGAAUUUGAGUCACAACGGCAUCGAGCAAUUGCCAGAAGAGAUUGGUGAUUUGAUACAUUUGAGAUAUCUUGAUGUGUCUGGUAAUGAUAAUUUGAGGAGAUUACCCGCCAACGUGUGUAACUUGUACAAUUUGCAAUCUUUGAGGCUUGAUGACUGCCAGUACCUUGAAGAGUUGCCCGACAAUAUGGGGAAGUUGAUUAACUUGAAGCACCUUCAUGUUGAUUAUAGGCUGAAUUACUUACCGAAAGGGAUUAGGCGUCUAAGGAAUUUGCGAACACUAGACGGGAGCCCAUCUGUUUAUUGUAGUGAAGAUGCCGAAGCAUUGACAUUAGGAGAUCUGAGAAUGAUGAAUCAGCUUCGCCGUCUUAACAUCCGUUUUGACAGGUUUGGGGAAAAUGCUGCAAGUGAGGUCGAGAAAGCAGAAUUGAGUCAAAAAGUACAUCUUUCUCAUUUAGAACUUGCUUAUCAGAAUGCCCGACUCGACAUCGACGCAGAAGCUGGAGUAAUGAAUGCCUCGCGACCACAUGAAAAUUUGGACUCUUUGGUAAUUUGGUGGUACUAUGGCUCCAUCUGGCCCAAUUGGAUGAUGACGUCGUAUUUAAGCAGAUUGACAGUCUUUCAUCUUUGUGAAAGCGGCUCCUCUGUUUUGCCUCCUCUCGGGAAACUACCGUCUCUUAAAGUAGUAAAGCUAAUUACCAUGUUUCAUCUGGAAGAGAUCGGAGCUGAAUUUUACGGAGUAGAAGAAGAAACAUCAUCAUCAUCAUCCUUCCCAAGUUUGGAAACACUCUUUCUUGGCGGAUUGUGGAGUUUAGAAAAGUGGGAAUUAGGUGGAAAGGCAGGAGAUUCUUCUAAUUCCCAAAUGAAAUCAAUUUCAAUAAUGCCACGCCUUUCUUCCUUGCAUAUUGUGGAUUGUCCUAAACUAAAACGACUGCCAGACUUCCUCCUGCAAAAUGCACCACUGCAGAAUCUUCUCAUCGAAAAUUGUGAGAGCCUUGCUGCCAGCCUUCCUGACGAGUUCAUCUCUCGCAUCCCAAACGUCAAAAUUAGUGGAACCAUUUCCAAAGGAAGAAAAAUAGAUACUGAAUAGUGACAGCAUUCAGAUAUUCUGGUUUGAACAGCCUCCAAUAGAUUGCCCAAGACAUGAUGACACUCAGGUAAUAUAUCAUUUUGACUGAUUGAUGUGCUUUUCAUGAUUCUGCCUAAAUAUAGGCUAAGGUGAAGCAUUACUGACUCAGAACGAAAUUAAAUUUUGAAGUGGUCCACUUGGAGCUGAUUGAUGAGGUUCUACAAAUGGAGCAAAGGACUUGUCUGAAGCAGUGACGCACUGGCCAGGAGAACUGUCUAGUAUCCUUUCAUCCAUUUGAUCAGUGGAUGAAGCUUACCUAAACAAGCAUGGAUGAUGGAAGAGAGGGGAAGAGUGGAUGUGACCCAAACUGAGCUGAUUCAAAUUCAACCAAAGGACAAAUGAUGUGGGGGAUGCUCAAUGAGGGUUGCGGCUCAAAACAGCUUGGACAUGGUGAAAUCCUGAUUGCUCAAUGAGCUGCGUUCUGGAAUCUAUUAAUCGACUGACCAAUGUAGGUGGUAUUAGAGAUUUACCUGGGUGUUCAACCCUGCCUCAAGUUUUCAGUUGCUGGAUAUAUCCCAAGACAUGGUGAACCUCCGGCUAAACUGAGCAUAACUGAUUCUGAAUAGUUGUCCAGUUGGGAGCUGAUUAAUGAGGUUUUACAAAUGGAGCAAAGGAGAAUUGUCAAGCAGUGAUACACCAUUUCUGAAAUUGUCUUGGAUCGUCGCAUCCAUUUGACUAUUGAUUUGCUUUUCACAAUUCUGCCAGAAAUAUAGGACUUGUCUGAAGCAGUGAUGCACUAGCAAAGGAGAACUGUCUUGUACUCUUUGAUCCAUUUGAUCAGCGGAUGAGGCUUACCUAAACUAGCAUGGAAGAGAGGGGAAGAGUGGAUGUGACCCAAACUGAGCUUAUUCAAAUUCAACCAGAGGACAAACGUAGGGGAUGUUCAAUGAGGGUUGCGGCUCAAAUUCAGGAGAGGAUCACAACUGAGAGGAAGAACAGCAUGACACGGGCUUCAUCAGCAAAGGAACAGUAAGCUGAAGUCACAAAGGCUGCAAGGUUUCGGUUUCUUCUUUCACAAGAAGAGGGGACUUGUUCUAGUAGUACUAGGAUUGUGAAGAACCUACAGAUUAUUUAGAGAGAGAUGCUUCCCUAAGAGAUUUUACUUUGAGAGGAAUGCUUGUGAGGUUUUUCUUGGGUGUAAUUGGGGCUCUCUAUUGAGAGGGGUUGAGAGGAGUGAGAUUACCUAGAGUGGUUUAUGAUUGUAACCUUUUUUAUUAGUCGAAUCAUCAUUAUCAUGGUCGCCCGAGGAUGUAGGCAAUUUGGCCGAACCUCGUUAAAUUAUUGUGUUAUUGUCA